AUGACAAAGAUUGUUGCGAGCUCGCAAACGACGGAUAGCUACACUCUGGAGUGUCUGGCUGACGUGCUUGAAGAGGCCGCGGAGGAGGGUAAUCUCCCUCUUGUCGAGGCUGCUAUUGAAAUGGGAGCUGAUGUGCAAUAUCGGUCGAACAGAACGAUAGGGAAAAAGCGGCACCAUGCACUUGAGAAAGCUGCCUUUAAGGGUCACGCUCCUGUUGUUGACUACUUACUUCGAAGAGGUGCCAUCAACAAUGAUGUCCUACGCAGGGUUCGUACGAAAGACCUUAGAAGGUGGAAGUACACACACGUUGAUCUCAUGUUACUGGAUGCGAUAUAUGCUGGUCACGUUGAACUUGCUAUCUGUCUUCUCUCGGCUCAUGGUGCAUAUCCGGAAACUGAGGAAUGCUCCAUUGAUGGAUACAGCGCGACAAGGUCUGUAAUACAUGGAGUCUCUGAGAUGAAGAGCAUUGAUCGAGGCAUGAGAAUCCUAGAAGUAAUCCUCAGGAACACAGCCUUCAAGCCUUCCAGAACAACCGUCGACUAUUCCCCGGAUCAUCGGUAUCUUCCGCACUCAGCUCUCUCUCGCUUCGUGCAAGCAGGGUGGGUGGACGCAGUGGAAAUGAUGUUGUCUAUUGAAGAUCUGACCACAAAUUAUAAAUGUGGCCGUGCGGUAUAUCCUCUCAACGCUUUGUCUGUAGCGACAUGGGAAAAGCGACCCCAGGAUUCCCUCCGCAUCCUGAAGCUCCUUAUCGACAGAAAGUUCGAUCUAAACUUUGCACAAAACUUACCUGGAGAUGGCAAGGCAGAAACCGCACUUGGAAGAGCCACGAGAGCCGGCGUAGCUGAAGGAGUAGCACUCAUCCUUCAAAGGAAGCCUGCAUUGCUGAAGGAAACAUUUACUUAUUCCCAGGCUCUGACGUUCGAGGACGACAACGAUAAUUUCAAAACUCUCUCGAUAUCGCUUCUUAGUGUUGCAAUUAUCGACGGUAGCACAGAGACUGCCAAAGUUCUACUUCAUAAUGGCGCUCACCCCCGUGAUGCAGCCUUCCAAGUU